CGGAAGAGGCUGUCGGGAGCCGUCAUGGUGCACUGCAGCGGCGUGUUGUUCAGAAAGUAUGGAAAAUUCAUUGAUAAGCUAAGAGUCUUCACCAAGGGAGGAAGUGGUGGAAUGGGUUAUCCUCGUUUAGGUGGAGAAGGUGGAAAAGGUGGUGAUGUCUGGGUUGUAGCGCACAAAAGAAUGACAUUAAGACAACUGAAAGACAAAUACCCUCAGAAACGGUUUGUGGCUGGAGUAGGAGCAAACAGUCGGGUCAAUGCCUUGAAAGGCUCCAAAGGAAAAGACUGUGAAAUCCCUGUUCCUGUGGGUAUUUCAGUAACUGAUGAAAAUGGUAAAAUUAUAGGAGAACUCAACAAAGAGGAAGACAGAAUUUUGGUAGCUGAAGGUGGCCUUGGUGGUAAAUUACUUACAAAUUUCCUACCUUUGAAAGGCCAGAAAAGAACAAUUUACCUUGACUUAAAACUGAUAGCUGAUGUUGGCCUAGUAGGAUUCCCAAAUGCUGGAAAAUCCUCUUUGCUAAGUCAGGUUUCUCGUGCAAAACCGGCAAUUGCAGAUUAUGCAUAUAGUGAAAGUUAUAAUUUUACAAAAAAAUCCAUCAUAAAUAAUACAUUUAUGGAAUUACAGGCUUAUGUGAUUAGUUACUUUGGAAGUAAUAAAUGCUAUACCAGUCCCUCAGAUCUACAGAUGAUAUCAGUAGCUGAUCUCCCAGGUUUGAUAGAAGGAGCACAUAAGAACAAAGGAAUGGGCCACAAAUUCCUCAAGCAUAUAGAGAGAACAAGACAACUACUCUUUGUUGUUGAUGUUUCUGGAUUUCAGCUUUCUUCCCAAACUCAGUACAGAACUGCCUUUGAAACUGUAAUGCUACUUACAAAAGAGUUGGAGUUGUACAAAGAAGAACUUCAUGCAAAACCUGCACUCCUGGUCAUUAAUAAAAUGGACUUGCCAGAUGCCCAAGAUAAAUUUCAUGAACUGAUGUACCAACUCCAGAAUCCUAAAGAUUUCUUGCAUCUAUUUGAAAAAGAAAUGAUUCCAGAAAAGAUUGUAGAGUUCCAACAUGUCAUCCCCAUCUCUGCAAUUACAGGAGAAGGAAUUGAAGAAUUAAAGAGUUGUAUAAGGAAAUCACUAGAUGAACACACCAACCAAGAAAACGAAGCAUAUCAUGAGAAACAGUUGCUUAAUUUAAGAACUUUCAAUACAGUCAUUUAGUAGGCUGCCAUUAAAACAUGCUUUUACAAGUUCCAGAAAGGGUAUUAUUUAAAUCUAGUAAAAAAGAGAAUACUGUCUGGUCUUAAGAAAGAAAUUCUGUUAUUUUUAACAAUAUGGAUAAACCUGGUAUACAUUGUGUUUAGUGAUAAACCAAGCACAGGAAGAUAAAUACCACAUGAUUUAACUUAUAUGAAGAAUCUGAAAAGUUUGAACUGAUAAAAACAUUAGAAUGAUGGGUAACAGAGACAGGGAGAUGGGUUGGCAAGAUAUUAGUUAAAAGGUAAAGGGUUUCAGUUAUUUUGAAUAAAUUAUGUGGUACAGCAUGCUAUUUAUAGUUACAACGUUGUAUCAUAUUUUGAAAGUUGGUAAGAAAGUUUUCUUACCACAAGAAAGAAAUAUUUAGGGACAUAUGUAUGUUAAUUAGCUUGAUUGAGCUAUUCCAACAGUGUAUACAUACUUUACUUCAAAAUGCCAUGCUUAAUAUUAUAAGCAUAUAUACUAUUAGUGUGUUAAUUAAAGCUGGCAUUGAAAUUAUAUUAAUUUGAAAAUUUUACACGCUUUAGUAUUAUUACUAAUGUUAUAUAUGUCAUCAUUCAAGAACUAUUGUGUGUGUAUAUGUGUUUUUAUGAUACUAGAGUUUGAAUUCAAGGCCUUGUACUUGCUAGACCUAGUAAACGCUACUGCUUUUUAAAUUAUUCGUUAUUGCUUUAUAAUGAAGUAUAUUAAAAGUAGAAAUGCAACUAAGAACUAAAAAUUGAAUUUAUAAUCCUAUAACAACACCCUUUGAUAUUCCUUUAUGAUGUUCCUACUGAGAUCAUUAUUUUAAAAUUAUAUAAGAGAUUUUCCUAAAUUAUCAUCAGAAUGAGCCACUAAGGUUUGCUUUUGGGUCUGUCAUGUCCCUGGUUGCACAAAAUGUAUAACAGUUCUCUUUUGUGAAGAAUCUCAAAGCCCUACAUUUGAACACAAUAUUCAGUAACAAUACAGAUCACUGAUAAUACUUCAGAGAAACCAGCAAGCAUUGUCUGUGAUUUGAGCCCUGGGAAAAAUUUUCUUUUUUAUGUAUCAUAAGUACUUUAUUUUUCAACUUUAGAGGAGACUGAUGUAUAUGUCACAGUUUCUUAUGUCCUACUAUGUUUCAUUUUCCACUUUUAUAUUUAUUAAAGAGAAAAUAAUAGACAUGAUGACUUUACAUAGUGUGAAACAUCAGUAUAUUUGGGAGAGCUCACAGUUUAUAAAUUUCUGCCUGGGUAUGUAAAAAUAAUCAUAAAUAGGAUUUUUUUCCUAUUUUUUUGGUAAAAUGUACAUAUUAAUUGUAAAAAAAACUCAAACAGUAGAUAAAACCUAUGGGAAAAAAUAUUUUCUUCUUUCUACAUGAAGUCCCUAAGUCCUUCCCAGAAAAAGUAUUGUUAAUAGUUUAUGUUCUUGCAGAAAAUUUUAAUAUAUGUAUUUUGAACCCCACAAGAGUUAAUUUAUAAAGUU